CUUCUGACAGUUGCGAACUCUGUUGACGCAAGAUCGCAACUUGCACGAACGACACGAACAAGCUGCCAGCUGCAUCAACGACGACCACACGCAUCAUUUCUCAGAUAUUUACUUUUUUUCUCGACCAUAACUCUACUGUGCGGAUCACAGGCCACUCCAACCUGAUAACCGACCCUCCGACGGCAGUGCAGGACACUUCGAUAAUCUUGAUUCCUUACUCUCACAAUGUCACAAUACUAUGGCGCACCGCCGAACCAGGGCUACACCCCCUCGGGUGCCCAGAAUCUCCAGUUUUACUCGUCUAAUUACGCCCAACCAGUAUCUGGCCAUGCGACCCCAUCACAAGCAUCCUACGGCUACGGCGGGCCUUCAUCAGGAGCCUACGGCGCAUCCGCCUCGUUCAAUUCCGGCUUCGGCGACACUUCAGACGUGUCAGGGCGGAUGGGCGAGCAGGGAGGGCUCCGAACAGGCUGGCUGGCCGCCUUCUCAACAGAGGGCUACCCCGGCGAGCCGCCAUUGCUAGAGGAGCUGGGCGUCAAUAUCUCUCACAUCCGCGCAAAAACCCUCGCCGUGCUCAACCCCUUCAGCCGCAUCGACCAGCACCUCAUGGACGACAGCGACCUCGCAGGGCCCCUUCUCUCCUUCCUCCUCUACGGCACCUUCCUCCUCCUCUCGGGGCGAGUCCACUUCGGCUACAUCUACGGCCUCGCCGUGGUCGGCUCCCUCCUCCUCCACGGCAUCCUCUCGCUAAUGGCGCCCUCGCCCACCGAUCCCAGCGCCGCCGUCUCCUCCACCCCUUCCUACCCAGGCGUACCCUCCUCCGCCCACCCCGCCGACGCGUCGGCCUCCAUAUCCAACGCCGCCGCUACCGCAAGCGGCCUGACCUUUGCCCGCUCGGCAUCGGUGCUGGGGUACUGCUUGCUCCCGCUGGUCGCGACUAGCCUGGUGGGCAUCUUCAUGCCCAUGGACAAGCCCGUGGGCAUCACGCUGAGCACGGCGGCCAUCAUGUGGUGCACGUGGAGCGCAAGCGGCAUCUUUUGCGCUGUGGGUGGCAUGCGCGGCAUGAGGGCGCUGGUCGCGUACCCGCUGGCGCUGUUCUAUGUCGGGUUCGGCAUCAUCGCCGUGUUUAGCAGUCGCGGGAGUGGGUCGUUUGCCAAGGUGGCGGGUGCGUCCGGGGCGUUGUAAGAUGGAAAAAAAAGGGGGGCGGGGUUAAGGGAUGGGAUUUGGGGGGGUGUGAAAAGGUCUGGGAAAAGAGGUGGAUUGCAAUAUACUUUGCGGUUUGCAGACAGAAAACUGGUAGGGCCACGUACUGUGACGUCCCGGAUGAUGAAAGGAAAUGAAUCUACAUCAUAAUACGUGAUCUGGACUGUCCCCUCCUGGGAUGGAAGUGAGGAACACGAAGAGGAGGCAAACCUCCAAGAGCUGUCAGAGGCCCGGCAAUUAACCGGGAGAAGGGUUGGGGAGGGUACCGGUAAACAAUGUGAAGUGUUCUGGCUCGUCUGUCCCAUGUUGGAUACAUUUCGCAGAACACAAAGCUGAUUUCAGCAACUAUCUUCCACCAGAGAUAUGCCCAGCCGGCUGUUGUUCACCUCAUCAGUAUCACAUUGGAAACUCACCAAUAU